UUCAACUAAUUCAAAUGUGGGGUUUUGCUUUAGUUUUGUGUAUUCAUUUUCUGUUUUUGAUCCCAAAAAUUUGGAGUUACAUUGGUCAAUUGUGUAGUGACCAUUGACAUUAGACAGCAUUUUUUAGAUUUGAUAUGGUCUGCUUUUUAGCAAAAGAAUAAAUCCACCUUUGCUUUACAUAAUAUGUUUGGUUUCAUUUUAGAUUUAAGCUUCUACUUUUCUCAAGUUAUUGAUACGAUUUACACGUGUACUAGCAACCUUCUUGAGACUUGAUUAACUAUAUGUCCCGUUUGAUAAUGUUGUUUCUUGUUUUCGAUUCUUGAGAAACUGUUGGAAUCAAAAAUAUCUAGUCAUGUGUUAGACUCAUUUGAAUAAACUCACCUUUACUUUACAUAUAUGUGGUUUUAGUUUUAGUUUAGGUGAAAACUUCUCAUUUUCUCAGCUCUAGAUAUAAUUUAUACGUGUUCACAACUAGCUAGUUACAGCCUUUUUAGGAUUGGUUAACUAUGUCUCAUUCGAUAACAUUGUUGUUUCUUGUUUUUGGUUCCUGGGAAAUGAAUGGCAAAAUCAAGCUAUUUGUUAAGACUCGUUUGGUGACGUUUUUGGUUUUUGUUUCCCGACUAUAAUACUUCGAACUCUAGAUUGAUAAGUUCACUGUUUUUUGUUUAUUGUUAUUGAGAAAUGGUUGAAGUUAUGAGUUGGGACUUGAUAAUGUUUUUGGUUUCUUGGCUUUAUAAUAUUUCAACUAUGUUCGGAGUCGUGAGUUUCUUUGACAUAAAAGCAGAAACUGAGAAGUUAGACUAUGAGUUCCUAAACAAAUCAGCCACUUAGUAUUGACUCCAAAGGAUCCUUAAUUCCUUUAUCCAUUUCUCAUAAUUAAACUACAUCAAUAAUUAACCCACCAUCUCAUCUCUCUCUUCUUCUUCCUCGUCCCCCACUUUCCAUCACUUAGUUGCCUUCAAUCUUCAUCUUCUCUUUUCAUGCUUCACAACAAUUGUUCACUUCAGUUGCCUACUUGGGUUUCUUCUGAUUUUUAUCUUGAUCUUCAAAUGGAGGCAAUUGGGGUUUAUAUUGGUAGCUAAUUUUGAGCUUGUGUAGAUAUAAAAGUUAAGCUUUUGAGUUUCUACCAACAGCAGCACCCAAUAAUGAAACCAUUUCUUGACCUUGAAAAGGAGCCUUCAUGUUUGGCGAAUGAUUCUGAUAUUAGUAGCCAAGUUGCUUCUUCCAACUACAUUUCUCCACUCCAUGAAAAUUCUAAUGAUAAUAGCCUCAUAACUAACUCCUCUUUUUUUGCUAACCCAAAUAUUCCUGCUGCUGAUCAACCAGGAUUCGAGUCAGUUUGCCUCGACUUGACUCUCAAUUUUAACAUCGAAGAUAUUGAAACAAGACCUGAUUCAACAGGAUUUUCAUUGUCAACCACAAGUGAUCAGAGCAGUAAUGAACCUACAGCAUGUGCAACAAUGGCUGUCCCAAGAGUAUUUUCUUGCAACUACUGUCAGCGCAAGUUCUUUAGUUCACAAGCUCUUGGUGGCCACCAGAAUGCUCAUAAGCGCGAACGAACGUUGGCGAAACGGGCGAUGCGUAUGGGAAUUCUAGCUGAAAGAUAUGCAAGCUUAGCAUCUUUACCAUUGAAAGGCUCAUCAUUUAAGUCCUUGGGGAUCAAAGCACACUCCUCAUUGCUCCAUGGAAUCGCUGCACCGAUGAAGCCUAAUGAAAUCAGGAGCAGUGCUAGAUUCGAACCGGAACCGGGAUAUAUAGGCAUGCCGAUUUUCUUGGAAGAUGAUGAAACAGAAGUUAUGUGGCCAGGUAGUUUUCGUCCAAUGGUAGAAACUAGAAACACUGAUGAACUAACUCGACCAAGUUUCAUAUUGACUGGUAUUUCAAGCAUAAGCUCAGCAGAUAAGACGUGGGAGGAUGUCGAAAACUCGACCCUUGAUCUUACUCUCAAACUCUAAUCUAAGGGUCAAAUCAUCACUAUUUCUGCUGUCUUUAUCUGUACAGUGAGUGAGAAAUGGUGGUUUAGUGUUGUAAGUUCCAAUCAAACAAAAGUUAAACUUUCCCCAUCUUAAGUACUUGUUUAUCAAUCUUUUGCUGUGGGUUUGCUAUAAGUGAUUUUCCUUGCUUAAGAGAGGUUCUUGUAGAAGCAUUUUCUUGCUAUCUACUCCUCCAUAUGCUGGCUCUUAUCUUAUAGUAAUGCAAGUGCUCUACCAUUUUAUGCACUCUUUUAUUUAA